AUGACUCGUUUUGGAUUCCUCUCCCUGGCUCUGCUAUCUCUCCAGGCCUUCGUCGGCAUCGGCUUUGCUGCUGAUACCGAGGACGCCGGGACCCAAGUCAGCCUUAAGGUCAAGGCUGAGGCUUCGUUCCCCAAUGCUGAGAUCUUCGGCGUGAAGCUUGUCAACGGCCACCCCACCCAGGCCGUGAUUGACUUCAUCAACGAUGAGCCGAACCCCAUCACCGUGAACUUCCUCGGAGGUAGCCUGUGGAACCUUGAGGAGGAGAGCAAGGUGGUCCGUAACCUGACUGCCACGCGCUAUGGCGUCGAGAUCCCCGCGGGUGAGAGGGAGAGCAUUAGCUACAGCUUCGCCACCGAGAUGCACCCCCAGGACGUCCGCCUGAGCAUCGCCGCCAUUCUGUCUGACAGCGAGGGCAAGUUCUCCACCGUCCAGGCCUUCAAUGGCACUGUGAGCGUGGUUGAGCCCGAGACCAGCAUCUUCGAUCCCCAGAUCCUCUUCCUCUAUUUCUUCCUCCUGGCCUGCGCCACUGGUACCGUCUACUUCUUCUACACCGUCUGGGUCGCUCCCUACUUCCCCCAGAAGCGCAAGAGCGGCAAGUCCGGCGAGAAGCGCACCCCUGGCAGCGCCAAGCGCGAAGCCCCCGUGGUCGAGGAGACCCCCAGCCCUGCCAUCUCGUCUGCCACCACUUACAACGCCGACUGGAUCCCCUCCCACCACAUCGCUCGUCCGGAGGCCCGGAAGGUCAAGGGUACUGGUAAGUCCAAGGCCCGCUCGUAA